UGGCAAGCCUGUUGCCACUAUCCUGGCCACAAUUCAGCCGUGCCCUCAUGAGCUGCUAGCCGCCCAGCCGGUUCUUCUGACUUGGAUUCAUCGCCCGUGACUUCAGCAUGUACAAUGGCAUCGGCCUCUCCACCGCCCGUGGGUCCGGCACGAACGGCUACGUGACCCGCAAUCUCGGUUUGGUCCGCUCGAAAAAGGAUCGCGUGGAUUACCGAACGGAAGAGGAUCUGAAUCGAGCGGCCGCCGCUGCGGCCAAUCGCCAACCCAAUCAAGGCAUUCUCGACCAUGAGCGUAAGCGCAAACUGGAAUUGAAAUGUUUGGAAUUGGAAGAGGUACUCCGUGAGCAGAAUCUCUCGGAAGAGGAGGUGGCUCAGAAGGUGAGUGCUUACCGACAACUGCUCAUCGAUAAGAAUGUGGAUAAGAAGGACUCCGUGGAAACCGACGAGUUUGGACGAGCCGUGUACAAGGACACCCAUCAAGAAGCCCGAGCGCGCCACGAGAAGAAUGCCAGACUCAAAUCCGCCUUUGGGAUAUCGGAUCAAUUUGUGGCCGGAUCCAGUCUCGAUCCCAAUCGAAGAGCCGAAGAAAAAGCUCGAUCCGAAGUGGAGAAGCGGAAAAAGUUGGGUUGGGUGGGCAGUGACGAGGAUGAGGAGGAGAAUGAGGAGGAUGGCCAGGCCCACUCCAGUCCAGAUGAAAAGGCCCGCAAGAAGGCGAAGAAGCGACGAAAAAAGGAGAAGAAAGACAAGAAGAGGAAGAGGAAGAAGGAGAAGAAAAUCCAGAAGAAACGCCGACGAACCGCUCCAAGUUCGAGUUCUGAAGAUUCAGCCUCUUCAAAUGAAGAAGAAAUGGAAGAGGGCGAGCUCAAGUCGAGAAAGCGAUCCAGGCAUGAACCGGGCCGUCGAUCCAGAUCGCCGGAUGCCAAGCGGGUCAAACGGUCGGCCUCACCCCGCCGACGAUCACGGCCAGAUUCUCAUCGAAAUUCGCCCCGGCCAGAUCGUUCGGGAUCGCCGCCCCGUCGAGGCCAGCCGGAGCGAACCAAGUCGCCAAGCGCCAGAUCACGCCCCCGACAUGACUCUGAGCGCAACAGGAGCCGUGCCCACCGGGAUCAGGCUCGCACCAAUGGUGAUGACCGGGCAAGUCGUGAUCGGUCUGAGACUGCCAAACCUCCGGUGAAUGAGAUUGCAGCCAAACCCAGACGUCAACGGCAUGAUUCUUCAUCAGAUGAGGAAGAAGCCAGACCAACCAGUAGGUCUAAAAGAAGGUCACGGUCUCAUGAAAGGGACAGGAAAGCAUCUGAAUCCAAGUCGACCAGAUCUGGUCGUGACAGGAGUCCAGACAAAAGCUCGCGAAGAAAGCGACAUGAUUCUUCGUCGGAUGAUGGCAGUGCCCGGAAAUUGCCAAAUGUUUCACCUCGGCCAUCCCAUGCCAAGCGGGAACGACAUGAUUCCAAUAGAGACCGAAAAUAUCACUCAAUCAGUCCAAUCAGAAGAUCAUCUGCCAAGCUUGGCGAAGACAAACAUCAAGACGCCAGGUCCGCUUCAACUCAAGAUCGUGCUCCCAAAACAAGCCCACGUUCAUCUGAGCCAGAUUCAAAGUCAAAUAGAGAGAAGAAUGAGCCUUUGGAAGACAUGAAAAAAUCGCCCAAGUCAACAUCAGUUGGCAAGCACGAGGACUCGGCCGAGAGAAGGUCCAAAUCCAGACGAGGUAGAGGAAAGUCUCCCCAGCUUGAGAUAUCCAGACAGGAUUCGCCAAGUUCGUCUUCAUCACGGAAAAAGCGUCAUGACUCGUCUCCAGAAAGAUCCAGGAGCUCCAAGUCCAGAUUAGACAAGAGAAGAUCAGUAGAAAGAAAAAGUCCAAAGCCUGAUCGACAUGAUGAGGGAUCAAGGUCAAGGUCGGUGAAGAGAAAGACCCCUGAUAGAGAUGUCAGAUCAGACGCCAAAGAAGGAUCCAGUUCAAGACGACGAAACAAAUCAUCCGAAAGUACAAGUCGGUCCAGACGAAAUGAAGGCGAAAAAAGCCGAUCAAGAAAUAACAACGAAGAACAGAGGCAGUCAAGAAAGGUUGAAGAAGAAAGUCGAUCAAGAAGGAAUGAAGAUGGCAAAGGUCAAGCAAGAAGAGGUGAAGAUCCAGAUCGUCAAACAAGGAAGGAAGAUGACCAAGAGAGUUUUGAUGGUAGAAAAUCGUCCAGUCAACGCUCAAAGGCCAUCAGGGACCGACGUCAUUCGGAUGAUUUGGAGAAGAACUGCAAUGAUAAGAACAAAUCUACCCGCCAAGGCUCUGAAGAGCGGGACAAGCCGAAAUUGGGUACGAGAUCUGGCCAAGAGGCCAAUCCAUCAUCUGAAAAGGAUUCCAGACAUCGACACAAUCGAGAUUUGUCUCAAGAACCUGUGAAUUCUAGAAAAGGCUCUCCUUCUGAAGAAAAGGUGUCCAAGGUACCCCAAUCACUUAAGGAUACUCAUCAAGGGUCUAGAAGAGCCGUCGAUGAACUUCAGAAACACACCACUGAUAAAUCUUCCAAGUCACAAGUGUCUCUGACACAUGACAAUGGUGGUCAGAGUAAGAAAUUAGUGGCUGAUGACAAAGACCGAAAAUUGCGUAAAGGUCGUCGCGGAUCCUCGUCUUCAUCCUCCUCCUCCUCCUCGUCUUCAUCCUCAUCAUCCUCAGACAAUGAACCUCGCAAAAGGUCCACGUCCUCGGCAGCCAUAAAGGACUCUGAAGAGCAACCCAAGCAAAAGAAUAGAGAAGAAGCUUUGAAGAUGAUGGAGGCUAUCCUGAGACAACAGGCUUUGCGCAAAAACAAGUCUUCUAAAAAGGAUGACCAUUCCAGUGGAUCAGGAACCUCAGACUCGUCAAGCUCAAGUGAAGAUGAUGAGAAGCCGAGAAAGAGACCCAAAUCCAAAACCCAACGAAGCCGGAAAGACAGCUCGACCUCUGAUUCUUCUUCCUCUAGUUCAGAAAGUGAAGCAGAGCCCAAAUCGAAAGGAAAACGCAUAAAAGCCGAAAAGUCCUCGGAUUCGUCUGACGAUUCUGAAAUGGAACGUUACAGUAAACGCAUUGCAGAGCUCACAGCUAAAAUCAAGAGGGAAGAAGAGCGAGAUUCGUCUAGUUCUUCCAAUUCAAGUGGGAAAUCUUCCGGGGAGGAAGAUAAACGCCGCUCAAAGAUUAAGGCCGAACCUUUGGAGCAUUCAAACAGGUCUGCCCCCUCACCUCCAGCUCAGUAUAAGGAGAGGCAAAGUGCAAAAGGAAGCCCUUCAGGAGCCAGUAGACCAAGUGCCGCCUCCAGGCAGCGUUCAAGAUCUCCCCGUCGGGUGCAGCGGUCGCGAUCCCCUCGCCGACGGGCCUCUCCUCGAGAUAGUCGCCGUGACCAAGGGCGACCUGGCCGAGGUGCACGUUCCGGUCGAGAUGACCGGUCUGGCCGAGAUGGACGGUCUAGGAGACGUGAAAGAUCACUGUCCAUGGACAAGGUGGACUAAAUCAUGACAUUGUGUUAUCCCCAUGCUCCAGUAAUACAUCCGUGUUUUUCCAGAAUAAAUCCACUUGGUAUCAAUUAA